AUGUCUAGACACAUCUGCCGUCGCAUGGGCAGUCAGCUUUUGAGCCUAACUCCCGCCGUGUCGCGCCGCGCAUACUCUACCCCUGCCGCGACAACAUUCGAUUGGCAAGAUCCUCUCUCGUCCAAGAGCCUUCUCACAGAAGAUGAGAGAGCGAUUUCAGAAACAGCAGAGCGUUACUGUCAGGAGCAGCUAUUGCCUCGCCUGGAAGAAGCAUAUCGCAAUGAGAACUACGACAAGUCCCAGCUGGAGGAGAUGGGCCAGUUGGGCCUGCUCGGUGCCACCAUCAAGGGAUACGGCUGUGCUGGCGUCUCGACCGUGGCCGGUGGUCUCAUCACCAAGGCCGUUGAGCGUGUCGACUCAGGUUACCGCUCGGGCAUGAGCGUGCAGUCCAGCUUGGUCAUGGGCGGCGUCAAUGAGUUUGGUAACGAAGAACAGAAGGAGCGCUUUCUUCCCGGUAUGGCUCAAGGCAAGAUUCUGGGCGCCUUUGGACUGACCGAGCCCAACCAUGGCAGUGAUCCUGGCUCUCUCGAGACGGUGGCAGUUGAGCACCCGACCAAGAAGGGCUUAUACAACCUGAGCGGGUCCAAGACUUGGAUUACCAACAGUCCGAUUGCCGAUGUACUGCUGGUCUGGGCCAAGGUAGCAGACCCCUCCAAAGGCCUGGCCAAGGACGGCUCCCCCAAGAAGGUAAUCCGCGGCUUUUUGGUUGAGCGCAAGGACGCACCGGCUGGCACGCUCGAGACGCCCGCCAUCAAGAACAAGCUCGGCCUGCGCGCCAGCAUCACAGGCAUGAUUCAUCUCGACAACUGCCCCGUGCCUGCCGAGAACAUGCUACCUCACGCCGAGGGUCUGCGCGGCCCCUUUGGCUGCCUCAACCAGGCCCGCUACGGCAUUGCUAUGGGCGUUAUGGGUGCGCUCGAGGACUGUAUUAGCCGGGCCCGCACGUACGCGCUAGAUCGCAAGCAGUUCCGUGGUAACCCGCUUGCACGGUACCAGCUGAUCCAGAAGAAGCUGGCGGACGCCGCUACAGAUGCCGCGUUCGGUACUCUGGCCGCCAUCCAAGUCGGCCGCGUCAAGGAUGCCGGUGGUGACGCCGCCACCGGGCUGCCCGACAUGAUCAGCAUGAUCAAGCGCCAAAACUGUGACAGGGCGCUGCACGGCGCGCGCGCACUGCAAGAGAUCUUUGGUGGCAACGCGGUGAGCGAUGAGUACGGCAUCGGCCGGCACGUGGCUAACCUGUUUGUGGCCCAGACGUACGAGGGGCAGAGCGACAUCCAUAGCCUGAUCAUUGGCCGUGCGAUCACGGGCGUGCAGGCCUUUGCUUAA